GAGUCGUGGCUCAGGCUCGAUCUGUGCUGGCCUGGCACAGCCGUAGCGGUCCCACGUGUGGCAGCGCGACCAAGAUGGAGGAGGGAGGGUACAAGAGGAGCUGCCUGAACCCAGACUGCAGGAGCCUGAACGGGGUUCACAACACCUCCUACCCACGAGUUGACCCAGUUGUCAUCAUGCUGGUCGUCCACCCUGACGGAAACCACUGCUUACUGGGAAGGAAGAAGAUCUUCCCUGCCGGACUGUUCUCCUGUCUUGCCGGGUUCAUAGAGCCGGGGGAGACGAUUGAAGACGCGGUGAGGAGGGAGGUGGACGAGGAGAGCAGCGUGAAGGUCGGAGCGGUGCAGUACGUCUCCUGCCAGCCUUGGCCGAUGCCCUCCAACUUAAUGAUCGGCUGCCUGGCUGUGGCCACAUCGACUGACAUCAGAGUGGACAAAAACGAGAUAGAGGAGGCUCGCUGGUUCUCGCGGCAGGAGAUGAUCGACGCCCUUUACAGAAAAGCAGCCCCGGUCCUCACCGUCCCCCCGAGACAGACCAUUGCACAUCAGCUGAUCAAACACUGGAUUGGUGUGAGCUCCAACCUCUAGGCUGCGGUGUUGGUGUCCAGCCAGUGAACCAGCUGAGAAAGACAGACCUCCAAAGAACAGCAGGGUUCUUCAGGAGAUUCUUCCGAAAAAGAAACAAAAAACCAAAUCAGGAGAACAAACUGGCUUCAGUCUUUGUCCUGAAGGUGGCAGCAGUGAGUGGUGGCAAGUUGACGAAGUGUGAGCGGAAAUGUUUGUAAUAACUCGGUGAUGGAGGCCUACGUAAUACUAUCUUGUGGUGAAGUUAAACACCGUGGUAGAUCUCAGAUUUUCAGUUCUCAGACCUUUCAGAGACAGAUAAGACUCUCAGGAAGUGAAACCCGGGGCAUCGCGAUUAUUUUGCAGUUCAUUAAACAGAAGGAAAGAAGUGAAAAGUCUUCUUAUAACACCAGAAAAACAGAUGGAAUUAAAAAAACAAAAACAAAAAAAUAACACAAAUCUCAGAAAACCCAGUGUUUUUAAACACUUCAUGAAACUGUAAUUAUAUAUAAUACUACAUUUUACAAAUGAGCUGGGGAGGGGCAAUGCUGCCACCUAUAUUUCAUUGGAGGACCUGGGUUUGAUUUUAAUGAAAUAUUGAAAAAAAGUGUUAUUUUACACAAAUACUGUAUACAAAUCCCAGUUAUUUAAUAAACAACUAAAACUUUUUUUAAUAAUUUCAAACUUAAAAAUAAAUUGAAACUAAAUUGCCUAAAGGGUAAAAUAUAAUUAGGGGGCUCAAACACUGACCCAGGGGCCAUCUGUAGCUCGAUUUCAAUAUUUAUCUUAAUUUAUUAUGACAACUGUAGAAUUUUAUUAAGAAAUGAGAAUUGUGUUGAAAAUAAAAUGUUUAAGAUGGUUAAAAU